AUGCUGUCCUUGGAGCGCCUGGCGCCCGCGGUGCCCUACACCGUGGCCAUGUGCCCUCCGUUCCUGUGCGGCGUGGUCUUCGCCUGCUGGCACUUUUCGCGCACCCCGGAGUCUCGGGUGAGCUGGCACACCUGGUUCCGAUCCGUGGAGAAGUGGGAGUCCAUCAACCCACACCUCCUUUUCUACAGCUUCUUGCCCCCCUUGAUCUUCAGCGAGGCAAUGAAGCUGAACGUGCGGCUGGUGCAGAAGUGCUCAGCGCAGGUCUUCCUGCUGGCGUGCCCGGGGGUGCUCAUGGGCACCGGCCUGGUCGCGCUGGUGGCCAAGUUCUUGCUGCCAUACGACUGGUCCUGGCCAGUGUCCUUGACCUUCGGAGCAGUGCUAUCAGCCACCGACCCGGUGGCGGUGGUGGCCCUCUUUUCGACCCUCGGAGUGUCCCCGAAGCUGACCAUGCUAGUCUCAGGCGAGUCCUUGAUGAACGACGGUACCGCCAUCGUGGUUUUCGUGCUCAUGCUGAAGGUGGUCUUGGGUGCCAGCCUGGACGCCAAGUCCGUGCUCACCUUCUUCGGGCACAUGACCUUGACCUCCGUGGGCUUCGGCGUGCUCACGGGGCUGGGGGCGGUCGCCAUCCUGGGGAAGUGCGCAGAGGAGCGCUUUCACAACGAUUGCCUGGUCCAGAUCAUCACCACGCUGUGCUGCAGCUAUUUGGCCUUCUUUGUGGCGGAGAGCGAGCUGGCCACCAGCGGCGUGCUGGCGACCGUCUCCUCAGGCUUUGUAGUGGCCUAUUUCGCCUGGCCGCGCUUCGUGUCGGUGGAGGCGCUGGAGGCAGUGUGGGAGGCGGUGGAGUUUGUGGGGAAUACCGUGAUCUUCUUCCUGGCGGGGCUGCUCUUCGCGGACACGCUGCUGGACUCCGUGGGCAUCGUGCAGUUGGCGGACUUCGGAUGGCUGUUGGUCUUGUACAUCGCGCUGCUGCUGAUUCGGGCAGCAAUGCUCGGAGUCCUGUGGGUGCCUUUGAACAUGGUCGGCAGCCCAAUCGACUGGCGCGAGGGUGUGGCGAUGGUGUGGAGUGGCUUGCGAGGCGCUGUAAGCCUCACCUUGGCCAUCAUCAUCGAUGAGGAGCCAGCCAUAUCCAAGAGGAGAUGGGCGCCCGCAUCAUGUUCCACGUGGGGGGCAUCGCUGCGCUCACCUUGCUGGUGA